UUUAAGCUUUUGAAAAGGCUACUUGUGAGUUUAAGUAAGUUUUAACAGCAGGAAGAAGCAGUGGAGAAUUGCCUAAAUCUUCUCUGUAUCGUCCAGGCUAAAAUGGCAGAACCAGUUAAUGUGAACGAAUUCCAAGUGCUUGCUAGGCAGGCCCUUCCGAAGAUGUACUAUAACUACUAUACUGGAGGAGCUGAGGACCAGCACACCCUAAGAGAAAAUGUAGAAGCAUUUCGUAGAAUCACUAUUCGACCUAGAAUACUUGUUGAUGUGAGCAGGAUAGACAUGUCAACGGCUAUACUCGGUUACAAGACAUCCGCUCCUAUUAUGAUUGCCCCAACUGCCAUGCAUAAAUUGGCACAUCCUGAAGGAGAAGUUGCUACAGCUAGAGCCGCUGCAGCAUCUGAUGUUAUUAUGGGACUGUCAUAUAUGUCAACCUGCACAGUGGAGGAGGUUACAUCGAGCUGCAAUGCUGUUCGCUUCUUCCAAAUAUAUGUUUACAAAAGGAGGGAUAUAACAGCAUUUAUGGUACAAAGAGCUGAGAGGAAUGGGUUUAAGGCUAUUAUUCUUACUGCUGAUACCCCGAGGCUUGGUAGAAGGGAGGCAGAUAUAAAGAAUAAGAUGGUCGCACCUCAGUUGAAGAACUUUGAAGGUCUUAUAUCAACUGAAUAUGUUUCUGACGACGGCUCAAAUAUUGAAGCCUUUGCUGCUGUAACUUUUGAUGCUUCCUUGUGUUGGAAGGAUAUCGCGUGGUUGAAAUCAAUUACCAACUUGCCAAUUCUGAUUAAGGGCGUUCUGACUUCUGAAGAUGCAAUAAAAGCAGUUGAAGUAGGAGUUGCAGGAAUUAUUGUCUCUAACCAUGGAGCUCGGCAACUAGAUUAUGCUCCAGCUACUAUUUCUGUUCUUGAAGAGGUGGUCCAUGCUAUUCAAGAUAAAGUUCCAGUUUUCUUUGAUGGAGGAGUGAGGCGAGGAACAGACAUAUUCAAGGUCUUAGCACUUGGCGCAAAAGCUGUUCUGAUUGGUCGAGCAGUUGUGUAUGGCCUGGCUGCAAAGGGGGAGCAUGGGGUAAAGCAAGUUAUUGAAAUGCUCAAGAAUGAACUUGAGUUGACAAUGACCCUUUCUGGCUGCUGUACUAUCAACGACAUUACCAGAAGCCACGUGAAAACAGAUAAAGAAAUAUGCUGUAGGAUGUAGUUUCGUCGUGGAAGCAGCCAAGUAUAUCCCUGUAUUUAAGGGCAGCCACUCAGCUUCAGUUCUUUAGAGUUCCUUUUACAUCUAUUCCAGUAUAUUCCUUUUAUUUUCCUAUCAUCUUUCCGUGUUAUUUCCCUUAGGUUCUUUUAUCAAAAACCAACAAUUAGUAUUAGAGCCAUCUUCUUAAGGGACCUGAGUAAAAAAAAAUCUUGAGUGAGCGAAUUUUUCUCAAUUGGCUCCUCCAGUCUUUGAUGGUAAAAAUUAUCAACUGCGGGCAGUGAGAAUAGAGAUUUACUUGGAGACUUUAGAUCUUUGGGAGGCCGUGGAAGAGAAUUAUGAUGUUCUUCUACUACCUAACAAUCCCACGGUGGCCCAGAUCAAGAGUCAUAAGGAAAAAAACCCAGGAAAUCAAAGGCGAAAGCAACUUUGUUUGCUGGUGUGUCUGCAACAAUUUUUACGAGAAUUAUGGCUCUCAAAUCAGCAAAGGAAAUUUGGGAUUAUCUGAAGGAAGAAUAUGCAGGAAAUGAAAGAACACGAGGCAUGAGGGUGUUGAAUUUAGUAAGGGAAUUCGAGUUACAGAAAAUGAAGGAAUAUGAGACCGUCAAAGAAUACUCAGAUCGGUUGCUUGGCAUUGUUAACAAGGUAAGAUUGCUUGGUACUAAAUUUAAAGAUUCAAGAAUUGUUGAAAAUAUUCUUGUUACGGUGCCUUAAAAAUAUGAAGUAUCUAUAAUUACCUUGGAAAACACAAAGGAUCUAUCCAAGAUUACCUUGGCAGAAUUGUUAAAUACAUUGCAGGCACAAGAGCAAAUGAGGCUUAUGAGGCAAGAUGGUAUGGUUGAAGGAGUCUCGGCAGUCAACCACAAAACUCAAAGCAAGGGUAAUAAUGCAAAAAAAAAAUAAAAAAAAAUUACCCACCUUGUCAGCACUGUGGUAAAAAAGGUCAUCCACCAUUCAAAUGUUGGAAGAGGCCAAAUGCAAAGUGCAAAAUUUGCAACCAACUUGGUCAUGAAGCUGUAAUUUGCAAAGGCAAAUCUCAAAAGCAUGAAGCAGAUGCCCAAGUCGCCAAUGAAGAAGAAGAAGAUCAUUUGUUUGUGGAAACUCUUCUUCGACCAAGAAAUCUGAUUUUUGGAUAAUUGAUAGUGGUUGUACAAACCACAUGACAUAUGACAGAAAUCUUUUCAAAGAAUUCACGUUUAUGGGAAAUAAGAAAGUCAGAAUUGGGAAUGGUGAUUAUAUUCUUGCUAAAGGAAAAGGAAUUGUUGCAAUCGCAACAAAUUCAGGUACUAAGAAAUUUUCAAAUGUUAUUUAUGUUCCUGCUAUUGAUCAAAAUUUAUUGAGUGUUGGACAACUAAUGAAAAAGGGAUUUAGUAUCCUUUGAAGAUAAACAUUGUUUCAUUUAUGAUGUAACUGGACUUGAGAUUUUAAGGGUUAAAAUAAGAGGUAAAAACUUCUCAUUUGAUCCAACAGAAGAUGAAAAAUAGAGCCAAAAGAAUCUACAAACUGCAGAUAAUCCUCCAACUAAGGACAUAUGUGAAAAUGAGGCAAAGAAGAAGUUGUCAAUAUCUCAAAAAAAUAAAAUCUGGAAGAAAGUUGACAAGCCUUAAGGAAAAAUGCAAAUCUGGAAGAAAGUUGACAAGCCUCGAGACAAGAUGCAAAUGAAGAUAGAAAAAAAAGCCAAUUUAUUUCACUGACAAUCAUGAGAUGUAGCAAAAUAGAAAAGUGAACUCAAUUUACUGCAAGUCCAAAAAUAAGUUGGUAGAUUUACGUACAAAGUCGCUUCCAAUUAAAGGUUUACAAGGCAUAAAUUCAGUAUUUGCAGCUUCAAAAGCAAGGAGGAGUGUUAGAAAUAUGAUGCUCUCAGUAAAAUUAUUUUACUGUUUCAGCGUAAGAGUUAUUUACUACAGUAAUUUAGUUUGAAUCUGAAAUAAUUUUGAACUA